UGGGGCUUUCUGCAGAGUAGAGCUAUUUAUUACGUGGAGUUGGCCCUGUCUGUCCUUCCCACGAAUACAAUGACACUUUACAGAUUCAUCUCUACUUGAUCUGUGCUUUUGUGAUCCAUCUGUCAGUUCAUUGAUUUACUCUUACUCAGUACUAAUUUCUAUCAACGCUGUAGUGAUAUAUUUUCAUUUCUCUUUGUGAAAAUAAUAUUUGUAAGUUAAUUAAAUAAUUACCGCCAUCCAUUUUAGGAUUAGAAUUUAGGCAACAACUUAGUAACGUCGCUAAUGAACGAUGAAACUAUACAAUGUUAAAUAUUAUAUGACGCAGUUUGUACAUUGUAUCCUCUUUAAUUUACUUUAAUGGGUUGUGCUGCGUCGGGUGUAAACCGAACAAUAAUGAUGUUUAAUAGACACGCUCAUAAUUCGUCGGAAUGUCGUGCAAUACUGGACCGAAAGCUCUAUAUGGCAAAAGAAUCACCGGAACCGGAGUUUGACCUAUCAGGUUGCGAUUUGAGAGAAUUGCCUUCUGGAAUAUUUUCAAUAUGUAAGGUUUUUCGUAAAGAUUACUUAUAUUUACAAAAUAACAAGCUAAAAACAUUAGAAGAAGGUGGUCAAUUAGCAGAUCUUCAGUUGGUCAAAACAUUAAACAUCAGUAAAAAUAAUUUCACACAAAUACCUAAGAAUAUUAGGUUUCUUCUUAGUCUCACAGAACUAUACAUACAAGAAAACCAAAUUACCUACUUGCCAGAUGAAAUAAAAUGUUUGCAAACGCUCAAAAUACUAGAUGUCUCAAGAAACAAUUUAAAAAAAUUAAAUCCAGUUUUGGGGCAACUACAAAGCUUACGUAAACUUAUUAUUAUAGGUAACAAAGACUUGAAUGAAAUCUGUAUAGAACUCUGUCUUGCUUCAAAUUUAUGCUCAAUUGAAUUGGAUUAUGAACAAUUUCACAUACCACCCCCUGAAGUUGCUAUUAGGGGUACUGAAGCAAUAAUGAAAUUUCUUUGUUUUCAAGCAAAUAUUACUUAUACACCACCUGUGCCAGAUAGUGAUAAUAUAUUUCCAGCUUAUGUUGGAAAUCCGUCUGUGGACCUCUUCACUAAACCCAGAAUUACAUGGGAAGAAGCAGAACAAGCUGUUCAGCAAAAGGAAGACCAAAUAUAUAAAGCAAAUCAAGUACAGAGAGAAAAAAUGUUGUCAAAUGUUUUAAAAGAACAACUUAGCUUAGAUAUAGAAAUAUCUAAAAUACAUGAAGGUAGAGAACUAGAAAGGCAGAAAUUAAUAAAUACUAUACAAAAGGAAGAACAAAAUAUUGAAUGUUUAAUUAAUAGCUUCAUAGGAUAUGAUAAACUAAAGCCUGAAAUCAUUCAACAACAACUAGCACAUGAGCAGUUAGAACAUGACCAUUUGUUAGAAAUUACUAGGCAAAACUAUGAUAACAUUAAAAGAAGUGACAUAUUAAAAACAAUGCAACAAGUAUUAGAAGAAAACUGCUCAGUAGGAAAGUAUAUGAAAUAUUAUAAAGAUAAUUUAAAUGAUGUUAAAAAGAACUUGUUAAUUCAAGAGACUAUAGUGGAUGGAAAAUUGGAACAAUUACUAAAUGAAAAAGAUCAUCUUAGAGAAGGUCAAGUUCAACUACUUUUAGAGGAUCAAGAUGUACAGAAAGCCAUGGUAUCUUCAUUAUUGGACCAAGUUGAUGCCAGAAGCUGGAGUUUAAAUCAAGAGAUAUCUUUAGUCUCUUCACAUUUAGCUAAAUUAAGUGUUAUUGAACAGGAAAAGAAAAAAAUUAACAUAGUUGAUAAUUAUAAUCAACUGCUUCAACAGCGAAUACAUUUAGUUACUUUACUGGAUGACCUUUUUAUUCAGAAAAAUAAAAGGAGGAAGCAAUUAAUUGAUACUUUGCAUGAGGCAGAAAAUGAAUGUAAUAAUAAGACAGAUUUUUGGUUGCAGAGCUAUAAAAAGUUGUUAGAUUGUGCACCUCCAUCUCUACUAAGAAUUGGAAAAUCCUUGGAUCCAGUUCUUGUAAAUUAUCUAUUACAAGAGGGUGUCAUACACUGUUUACCAUUUUUGGUUAAUAUUUUGUUUUCUGAUACAUCCUUAUUAAAUAUCACAGCCCAAGACUUAAAACUAUCAGGAGUAUCCUUGAAAAUAGACCAAGAAAAUAUUAUAAAGGCUAUUAAUAAAUAUGUUCUGAGUAAAAAUGGAAAUGAGUUUACGUCUUUGAGUACAAGUGCACCACCAUUACCUUCUGAAGAUUCCCAAAAAGGAGUCUUAAGUCAGGUAGAGAAUAAUAUGUCUCCGGAUGGCGAGUGUGUAAUAUGUAUGGAAUGUAAGUCUCAGGUGGUGUUUGUGCCUUGCGGUCACAUGUGUUGUUGUCAAAGUUGUUCACAGAAAGAUAUCAGCAGUUGUCCAAUGUGUAGAUCAAGUAUAGAAAGAAUUAUAAAAGUAUUGAUAGCAUAGUUUUAAAUCACUAAUUUGGUUGUGAAGUUUAUAACAACAAGACAUGUUAAGGGUUGAUAAUUGCAUAAAGGACCUUAUAUUAUACAACAUACAGUAAGGUUACAUGAUGUCAUAUAGUAGAAUAUACAUUACAGUGAUACUGUUAUGGCUGUGAACAAGAUUUAGUCACUUAGUUUUGAUUUUUGGGCAAGGAGUAUUCAUGUACAAAACUUGCUUUAAAUUCCCAUUCUUUACUAAGUGUAAAAAACCAUUCAAGAUUAUUUUAUAUGUAUUAAUAAUUAGUUUACCAACAGUUCUACCUUCAAAAGGUACCUCUAUAACACAGCACAUUGGACUUGAUCAUAUCCAUUAUUGAUCAUUUGUGUAAACAAACAUGUAAAUGAGAAAUUUCUUGCCUUGUGAUCUAAUCUAGUAAAUUAACUAUAUUGUUACAAUACAGGUAUUGUUUGGUGUGUUUACAGUCUACACAUUUUGCUAUAUUUCUUCUCACUAAAAACAAUCUUUGUCUAUAGAAAUAUUUAUAAGGACCACUUAUAAUAUUGGAAACUGUACCUUAGUAAUAGACUAUUUAUAUUAAAAUAAUUUUAGGUUGAAGCUGGGGAAAUUGCUUAAGAGGAAUAAUAAAUAGAAAAAGUAAUUAUGAAUAAUUUAUUGCUCUUUAUUAUUACAAUGAUGUUGAUUGCAAUGGAAAAAUACUCAAUAUAAUUAUGAUUUAAUUAAUUUUUCAGAUUUCUAUUGAAGAUGUGUGUAAUAUGAGAUAUUUUUUAAUAUAAACCACUGUGAUUUAUUUAUUUGAAUUUUAGGUUUAUUUUGUUGUUUAAAUAAGAAAUUCUUAAACUAACAUUGUUCGCUUUAUUGUAUGAUGGACUAGCAAUAAGCAGGCAAUAUGUAAUAUUAUAAUAUGUAUUUCACACUAUAGGUAACUAAAAUAAUUAUAUUUCAUGACUAACAACUAUCAAAACACCACACUGCCUUUGUGACGUAAUCAAUUAUUGUAUUGUAUUGUUGAUGUUUUGCUUUAUGCACCAUUAAAUACACAAUAAACUGUUAUUACAAAUAAAUAGUACUACUUAUUACUUUAGGAUUUUAAUUUUAAACAGAAAUAAUUAUUAAAUCUCAAAACAUUUGUUUCCUUAUUUGACAUUUAAUGCUUACUCAGUGCUAUUACUAGUAUUUAGUCUGAGCCCCAGAUUUCUGUAUGUUUCGUGAUAAUUGUUCGUAGUAAUUGCUACACCCUCCCUAGCGAGGGGGGUGUUUUUCCCUGUUCGGGGCGUGUGCCCCCUUCAGGUGGUGUGGCGGUACGGGGGCGGGCAUAUAGCCCUUGAUGGGGGCUGCGGCGCGCGGGGAGACGCGGUCUCUACCCGCUGCGCGCAGCCGAUGGGGUCAUAUCUGGGGUGUCAAUCCGGUGGUGAGCGGGCCAAGGAGUAAUCUCGACUUGGCCCUGAUGUCGUGAUCGGUGGUGGUAUCGGGCAGCUUGCGCGGCUCGCGGUCAAGCUCCGCCGGGUGAGACCUCCGGUAGAUUAAUCUUAUGUGACCGACACACGCCGACGAUUAUUUCUUGAUAUGAUCGAUGUUUCUCUUCAUCGUACGAGCGAGAGUUAAAUGCGCAUAUAAACCUUUCCUUUAUAUAACCGGUGUUCGAACCUUCGACCUCAGGGAUGAGAGUCGCACGCUCCAGCCAGGGCUAGGCCGACACUGUUUAUUUUUUAAGAGAAGUUAAAAUCCUCUGAUUCCUGCAUUAUAAAAACUGUUUACCUAAGAAGAUUC